CCUGACACACGUACUCCUGUAUACAUUGACAUUUUACCAGAGUCUAAUUCACGCUGGAGCUCAUCCUCGUCAUAUUCACGUAACCUAUCUUCUCUUUACAAGUCCCAUCGAAGCGGAAUUGCGCUCCACCCCUCCUCGAACACACCGCGUCGCAUCAGGGAUAUUGAUCCUACUGUAACUUUCAUUUCGACCUCUGUCGUCAUUGCCAAGUCAUCCUAUAUUGUAUUAUUGGAUGGCGCACCCAUACACAGCGAGGACACGAAGCUCGAAUGUAUUGGACCAUAUCUCACCGAUUCUGCGAACCCAUCGGAUGAUGGUCUACUGCUCUACAGCACAGCUUUAGUUCCCAGGUAUUGGGAAUUCCUGUGCAAAUCCCCAGACCCCACCGUAUACACCAUCCUUCAUGACGUGUACCGUCCUGAAGACCCAGCACCUUAUUUGCCAAGGUGCAUAGGCCGUCGACGCCCAGUUGUUAUCUUCUCCGCUAUAUACUACUUCCGGUCUCCAGUCCCC